AUGCUUAAGUGGGCAGUCUACGGUAAAAAGAAUCAAGACCAGGUAGGCAAAGAAAACGAUAAUGAAGAUUGUGAAUGCAUUGAGGGUUCUUACAAUAUUAACAACAAAAAUAGAAGAUCACUUGAUGCUCAGACCGUUAAAAAGAGCAAAAAGCCAAGCAGAUAUCAGCGGAGAUCAUUAGGAUCGACUGCAGCUAGAAAAAAUCUACGAGCCGUAGAUAAAGAAAAUUUGAAUUAUUUAGGAAAUACACCAAACUAUUUCAAAGAAGGUUUUAUCAAAAAGCCUGAAGGCAUUGCCUUAAAAGACGUUAGUAAUAUUACACCAACAGGUACUCCAGUCAAAAAUUACGAAAGGAAAAAGUACUUUCUAGGUGGUUCUAAAGAUGAUAUACCUCCUGAUUUACCUCCAACACCACCUACAUAUAGCAGAAGAGUCAGAGAAGCUAAAAAACGAAAAUUAGAAAUGGCGAGUGCAAACGAUGUUUUUAAGAGGGAUAGUUUUGAAUACAAAUCUGAAAGACAAAUUAAGUCCAUUGAUAGGAAUUCGUUUAGUCCUAAAUUGAGUCACAGCACUUCGGCACCAUCUUUAAAUGAACUAUCUGACAGAUUGAGUGCAAGUACUGCAAGUAGUAGAAAUUCAUUCUGCCAAGGAAGACCCUCUAUUAAUCCAGUAUGUACAACAAAGACAGCAAACGAAGGAUUAGUUGAAAUUGAAUAUGAUCAAAAUUUGGUUAUCAAUUGUGUAGAGAUACCUCUAAAUAUAGACACAAGUGUUGCAGAAAAAAUUACCUUGCCUAUAUUCGGACAUCACAUAUUUAUGGAUAAUCCACUUUACUUUAAUAAUAAUGAUAUCAUUCGCACAAAUAUUAGACCAUUAAAAAGAACAAGAAAGAAAUCAACUGAAUUCGAGAGUUCUUUUAAAUCUCCAUCCGUAGAUAAGAAAGAUGUACAUGCAUUAGUUAGAGAUGGUUGUUCUCCUAUAUCUAUUACACCUCUUUCUACUAAGCUAGCUGCUUUAAGAUUCAGUACAAUGAGUACGCAUAGCAAAUCUCAAAGAGUUCCUUUUAAUAAUGAUGUUACAGAGUUUUUCCCUAAAGUUGAAAAUCCUUUUACUAUUCCACUAAAAGACGAAGAGAGUUGUAUUGAAAUGGAAAAUAAAUUCAUCUUGAGUAAAGAAACAACCAACAAUGAUACAGGUUCAACUGUAUCAACAACCCAAAUGGGAGAUGUAACUCUUGAGAGAAUGAUUGAAGAUAUAAUAAAAAGUACUAAAAUUGUGAAAUCAAGAAGAAGAGUAUUGAACAAAACUUCGAAUACUGAAGAGAAGAGAAUAGAAGAAGAAAUGCCUUCACUUGAUGCAGUCAAAGCUUUAUUUGUUAAUACCCAGGCAGAGAACAAAACAAAUCUAAUAAAAGAAGCUAAAUAUGUAAAUUUGUCUAGGGAAAACUCCUUAUCACCAAAAGCAACGCCGACGAAAAAGAUGCCAGUACAAAGAGUGAACGAUAAGUUACUAAAGAACCUACCAAUGGGAUGUUUUAUCUUAGAUGACGGAGAUGGCUACAAUGAAAGAGAAGUAAGAACUCCAGACAAUGCCAUUGAAAUGAAGCGUAAAUCAGGUUCAAAGAAGCGACUAAGUGUGCUUACUAGAUCACAGUCUAUGAAUACGUCUCUCAGGAGAAGUAAUUUGGAGACUACGUCAUCGGAAUCUACACCUGAUUUGUAUGCCUUGGGAAACGAACGCGCUAGCCUGAGGUUGAAACGGCAAAGAUGUAUUCGGAGAAAAAAGUCUACAGUCAGUAAUGAAAGUCAUUGCAAAAACAGAGAUAAUAAAACAUCAAUACUGACUCUAGAGAUUGGAAUUCCAAGCCCAGCUACUGAGUUGCCUAACACCUCUUUAUGUGAGCCACUAAGCCCACCACUUUCUCAUCCAACAGAAUCUGAUGACUAUCAGAAUAUUUCCUUGAGAUCAGAUGUUUCGCACAGUAGUUUGAUGCCUUACGACAAUGCACACAAUAAAAGAUCUAGAGAUCUGUUCGGUUUGAAUCUAGAACAUGGGAUACCAAGCCCUAUUACUCCUGUUCCUAACCUCAAAAGGCCUGGUAAAGUGUUGAGCGAAGAGCGAGCUCAUAAAACUAGCAAGUUAGAUGAGGAGCUACUUCAAACUGAAGCGUAUACUCCUGUUAUUGAGCAUAAAUCGAUACGACGAUGUUUGACUUACUCUCCCGAAGAAUAUAGCAUUAAUAGUAGCGAAGAAAAAAGAAGAAGCGUUGCGAGUAAUCGUUUAGAGCAGAGCAGCGAACGCUUUCAAGCGCUCAAAGGGACGAUAGAUUUGGCAAUCAUGACGAAUAAUGACGUCAUUGACGUGCACGUUAUAAGAUGCCGAGAUCUUCAAAGAUCUACAGGAAAAACAGAUGACAUCAACGCAUAUGCAAAGGUUGUCAUUAGUGGCGUAACAGAACAUCAGACGAUUCCCUCCCAAAGAUCGAUCUUUCAAAGAACGUCGGUGUUAUAUGGCAAGCGUGAACCGGAGUUUCAAAGGCAUUUGCGGCUGCCUUUGCCCACAGCUGUCUAUGAUCACCAGGCUCUACACAUCUCCGUCUGGCAUAGAGAUAAAAAAUAUCGGUAA